AUAGAAUUAGAUCCAACCCUGAGACUUUUUUCUGAUUGAUUGACACGACCCUGAUUUGAUGGCUGAGAAAUGUCACUCCAUUUUUUGUCAUCUUCAAAGCGUGUUAUUUCCGUGGUAAUUUCAUUUUUUCUUUAUCCAGCGUCCACGAAGAUAAUUGAAACAUGGCAUCAUCGGACGAUAAUCGCCGGAAGAGUUUCGCUCGACGCAGCCGUUAUAAGGAGUUGCUGGAGCUCUGCUCAAGAAUAGAAACAACAACGGAAAAUCAGACUCCCAUUCAAACGCUGACAAAUGUGACCGAUGUUGUCAAAUGCACCGAUGAAAUCCACACAGAGGGUCAAUGUCAAGAACGUGUCGAAAAUAGUUGCGAGGUCGUCAUGGAUGCACAGAUCAUUAAAGGGGCGCAUGAAAUAGUCGGGUCUGUUGUGCAGAAAAUGGGCAAUACGGAGAUAGCGGAUGAUGAAUUUGUUGCUGCGAUAAAUCGGACAAUUGGCCCCAGCAAAGAUUGGAACAAGUUGUUCGAAAAGUUAGCAUUGGGAAUGUCGAAAACUAUUGUGCAUUCACAGUCUCUGUUCGGAACAUUUGAUGUUGAGACUGUGUUACCGCAGAAAGAAGUGAAGGAACGACGUAAAAGGACGCCAAUCAAAAAUUCUCAGCAAAUGAAACCGAUAGCGGUAGUUCAAGAACGGAAGCGGAAGGAGGAGCAAGAAGCUACAACUGUAAAUGUGAUAGGCAACCAAAUCAUUCAGCUAUACGAGACCAACAAUAACGAGCCACUCAAAUAUUACAAAUUGAUCAUCGAUCCGUCAAACUUUAUGCGAACCAUCCAAAACGCUUUCCAGGUUUCAUUUUUGCUGCGCGACGGACUUGUUGCAAUAGGAGGAGACGCAGACGGUUACCCUACCGUUCGUCCAGUAUCUGAGUCAGAUAGGAAAAAAGAUGCCCAGAACGGAAGUUAUCAAAUGAUUUGCAAUCUCUCAACGACGUUGUGUGAUGAAAUGAUUAAGCGUUAUAACAUCACCGAACCGAUGAUCACCUGUACCCCUGAUAGUGAUGAAUGAGAAAUGCAUCCGAUUCCGACGAGUUAGCAAAGAAAAUUUUGGAAUUUAAGCAAGCGUUGAACGCUGCAUUUUUGAUAUUUAAAUGUGCCUUAGCACUGCCUCACCUUACAUUCCAUUUGAUGUAAAAACGUUUACCUAUGUAUGCACUAGCACAUGAAUUUAUUAAAGUU